ACAGCAAUCAUGACUUUCUCCUCUGACACUUUAUCCUACAAGGCGUACACUUACGACAACAGAAACGACUCCCUCAAGGUCACCACCCAAACCGUCCAGCUCCACAAGCAGCCAGAUGGCACCUACAAUGUGGGCCCCAACCAGAUCUUGAUCAAGAUCCACUCGGCUGCUUUGAACCCAGUCGAUUUGGUGUUGAAGAAAGCUUCGGGGUUCCCCAUCACCUAUUCGGGAAACCACGGCUUCGGAAAGGACUUUUCGGGCACAGUUGCAGCCGUUGGGUCCAAGGCUGCUACCCAGACCAAAUUGAGCGUUGGAACCGAGUUGGCUGGAAUCGUCCACAAGCUCUUUGGUCCAGGCACGGUGGCUGAAUACCUUCUCUUCGAUGCCAAUGACAGCAAGAUCGAAUAUUCCGUGCCAGCAAAGAACUUGUCCUUGAAUGAGGCCUCCUCGUUCCCCUUGGUCUACGGUACAGCCUGGUUCAUGCUUGGAGACUACGACCUUAAGGACAAGAAGGUGCUUGUGAUCGGCUCUUCCACCUCUGUGGGUAGAUACAUCGUCCAAUUGGCCAGAAUAGGCCAAGCCAAAGAAAUUGUCGUCACUUGCUCCGGCAAGUCCGCAGACUUGGCCAAGGAAUUGGGUGCCACCACCGUCAUCGACUACACCCAGCACAAGUCUGUGUUGAACCCGGUUUUGGAAUCGGUCAAGGAGUCUGGAAAGUUCGACUUCAUCAUGGAUUGUGCAGGUACUAGUGAUCUUUUCCCAGAAAUUAGCAGUAUUGUCCACAAGGACACUCACUACAACACCAUUGUUGGCGACAAAAAGGCCAAUUACGCCUCGUUCGAUCUUUUGGCCAGCAUCAUUGCCUAUGCCAAGUCCUUCUCCAGAAGCUUCGCCAGCUCUUGGGGCUUGACCUCCUACCACUACAAGCACAUUUUCUUGCUCCCUGGUAAGGACUGGAUCCACGAGGUUAAACCAUUGUUUGAACUGGGAGAAUUAGUUCCUUUUGUCGACAGUGUCCACAAGUUCGAAGACCUUGACCAGGCCGUUAAAAGGUUGGAAUCCAACAGGGCCAAUGGUAAGGUUAUCAUCCAAGUUGCCCAAGAUUAGGAACCCUUGUCAACGGAAGCUUAACUACGUACUUAUUUAAUAAAUUGUUUAUUCACAAGAACGUCAACAAUUU